AUGAACUCCAGCAAACCACCCCAGCAGCAGAGGCCUGGCCUGAAGAAGGGAGUCCUGGGGGGUUUGUCUGUAGCAUCUGCAGCCACCUACAACUUUCUUGCCCACGACUUUGAAUAUGUACCGGACCGGUACCAUGACGACAAAUUCUUUCCCACACGGCUGUCUCGAGUGGGAUCCGAUAUCAGACUUGGCCAAGCUCGCGGCCCCAACAACUACCCACUCAGACCGCCGCCUGUUCGGAAGAGGACAUGGCAAAGAGAUGUGAACGGGGAGGCGCGUAACAAACCUUUUGUGGAAUCACAGUACGGCAACCAGAUUGACGACCAAGAACAAAGUGGUCGAAACCCUUUUGACGAUGCAAAUGAGGUAGAGGACCAGCCAAAUGAAACCGGCAACGAAGAGCCAUACCAUGUCUUUCCGAAGCGGCACAAGUGGGCUGUGAUUGUAAUCAUCGGUACGGCUGGCCUCUUCAGCGGAUUGUCGUCCAAUAUUUACAACCCGUCUCUUGAUGCUAUUGCGAGGGAUCUGAAAGUAAACUCCUCACAAGUUUCUCUCACAAUCACGUCUUAUCUAGUUAUGCAAGCUGUGUCUCCUCUACUUUGGGGUCCCAUGUCAGACACAUUAGGUCGUCGCCCUACCUACAUUGCAUCGUUUUUGGUCUACAUCGCUGCCAACGUCGCGCUCAGCUUCUCCCCAAACUACGCUGUCCUACUCAUUUUCAGAGGUAUUCAAGCGGCAGGGAGUGCCUCGACUGUCAGUAUUGGUAAUGGAGUCAUCCAGGAUAUCUCCCCGACUUCCGAAAGAGGUGCUUUUAUUAGUUUCUAUCAAGCAAAACAAAGUGUAGUACGGAACUUUAGUACCGCUAUUGGACCUGUACUUGGCGGUGCUUUAGCUAACUCGCUCGGCUUUCGAUCCGUCUUUGUUUUCUUACUCAUUGUCUCAUCACUGAUUCUAAUUGCAAUUGUGGCCUUUCUUCCAGAAACAAUGAGGAGUAUUGCUGGAAAUGGGUCCCUCAGACUCACCGGUCCAACUUACAAACCACUGAUUCGAUACGUCACGAAAGAGCCCAGCUACAUGCAAGACCCAGAUGGUCCCUUGAACCGCAAAAAGAUCACUGUAUGGACGUUUCUGACCCCCUUCAAGCUCUUCAAGGAAAAAGACCUUCUCAUCAAUCUCAUAUGGGGCGGGUUUAUUUAUGCAAUCUGGAACAUGGUUACAACCAGCACCACGCCGGUCUUCAAAGCACGGUUCCCCUUCCUGAACGAGCUUCUCCUGGGAGUUGCGUUUCUGCCGAAUGGCUUCGGGACCAUUGUAGGCUCCGUCUUGGCCGGAAAGCUCCUGACUCGAGACUACAAAGUCAUUGCCACCAACUACAAAGCGACGCAUAACAUGAAAAAGGACGAUGAGUUGUCUGCCAAAGACAUCCCUCCGGAUUUCCCUCUUGAAAAAGUUCGAUUGCAGCGUUUGCCUUGGAUAGUAGCACUAUUCACUGCAUCUGUAACCGGCUACGGAUUUUCUUUGGCGUAUCCCACCGCCACCUCCAGACCAGGAUGGAUUGCCCUUCCACUCGUUCUGCAGUUUCUGAUUGCUGCCUCGGCUAAUGCCAUCUUUGCGCUCAACCAAACCAUCAUCUCGGAUAUCUGCCCCGGUCAGGGCGCAAGUGCGACAGCUGUCAAUAAUCUGGUGCGCUGCGGCCUCGCUGCCCUCGGCGUGGCGUUUGCCGAGCAGAUGAUUAACGCCGUGGGCCCGGGAACCGCAUUUUUGGUCUUGGCCAUGGUAGUAAUAGCAAUUUCGCCCAUUCAGGUCAUCAACCAAUACUGGGGGCCCAAGUGGCGGGCAGAAAGGCUAAAGAAGAGAGGGCUGAAGGCAUCCACGACCGAAGAAGAUCGGCAAAAGGCUUGA